UACAAGCCCCAGCACCUACCCCUUGGUGGCGCACCAACUCAGAGCGGCUGAUGGGAAGUAGCGAUACAGUGUUAUCAGUAAGAAGUAUCGAACGAAUAGUGUACGCUCGAGACGAGAUUGAGAUAAGCACAGCCGACGCGAAGUACACUUAAUUAACCAAUCUGCUGAUAUAGAGACACGUUAGCCAAUGCAUGGACGGCAGUUGAGUGCGUCGAACAAAAGCUCACAGAACGCGAGUGGGUUUUAGCAAAGCAUUGAUGCGAAAAUUGAAAUAAUACGCGCGUGUUAUUCGAGAAUUGUGUAGCGUGAAGUGUAUGUAAAAGUGUCAAAUGUGUAGAGUGUGAAAAGUGUGAAAAGAAAUUUUUUUAAAAAUACAACAAACUCAUUUUAGAAUCAACUGAAAGGGUUUCAAAAUACCAAAUGGAUCCGAGUAAGGCGCACGAGGAUCUAUAUGAUCUGCCUGAUGGGGAGCAGAAGAACAAAGCAGCUGUCGAAAAUGCCGCUGUUUAUGAGAGGAGUCUCACCGAGGCUGAUGAAGAAGAAUCCACUUUAGAUGAGAUACUCCUACAAAUCGGACAAUUGGGUCUAUUUCAGAUUAUCAUACUUCUACUCAUUUGUGUGGCAAUGUUAUUUAGUGCAAUCUACUCGGUUACAUACGUUUUUACAGCCAGCAGUGUAGUGCAUAGAUGUAAAAUUCCAGAAUGCGACACAGCAACCAGUGCCUACGAAGAGCAGUGGACCACUUUUAGUAUACCAACAAAAAGUAGUGGUUUGGAUCAAUGUAAUCGCUUUGAGACUAAUUAUACGGCCAAUCAGCUACCAACCAAUGAGUCGCUAGGACUCUGCUAUGCGCACAACUUCGACAACAACAAAAGGCAGAGAUGUACGGACAACGAUUUCGUUUUUCGAGACAAAGAAGUGACAAUAUCCAAUGAGUUUAAUAUUUACUGCGAGAACGAGUGGAAACUGGCGAUGGUGGGCACCAUAGGUAAUCUGGGUCAAUUUGUUGGCAUACCGUUGGGCGGUUUUAUAUCGGAUCGCUAUGGACGUCGCACUGCGCUCGCUUAUGGCGGUUUCUUCAGCGCAUUUCUGGGUCUCUUACGCUCCUUUUCGCCCAGCUACAUUUCAUUUGUAAUUUUUGAAUUUCUCGAUAAUAUCGCAUCGAGUCCUAUGUACUCAGUCUGCUUCAUUUUAGGCAUUGAGCUGGUCGGUCCGAAGCGUCGUGUUUUGGCCUGCAGCCUUAUAACCAUAUUUUAUGCCAUCGGUGAGGUGGCACUUGCAGUUGUGGCAAAGUAUUAUCAAAAUUGGCGCAUCAUUUUGCGUAUUGUUUAUGUACCAGCGAUUUUGUUUAUCACAUACAUUUGGAUAAUGCCAGAGAGUAUCCGUUGGCUGCUAAGUCAAGCCAAUGAGCAGGAUGCUAAGCAUAUACUGCAGCGUGCGGCGCAGGUGAAUAAGCGUGUGCUGCCCGAGCAUGCGUUGGAUAAAUUGAUUUUGUCGAAUCGUCGGAAGUUGGCAACAGCAACAGGUGGCCGUUUUCCCAUUAAGGAGUCGUUUAAGCGUUUAAAAUGGCGCAUUAUAAACUGCUCAUUCUGUUGGAUUGUCAUUGUGUUGGUGUAUUAUGGCAUUAGUUUGAAUGCAGUGCUUUUGGAUGGUGAUAAAUAUAAUAAUUUCAUGUUUAUUGCUCUCGUCGAGAUACCGGGCUUCUUUCUGCCGAUUUUCAUCAUGAAUCGCUUCGGCCGACGAUACUCGCUGUGCGCCACAAUGCUGUUAAGUGGCUUAUGUUGUUUGACAACGGCUUUACUACCGACGGAUGAGUUCGUUUGGCGUUUAAUAUUUUUCCUAAUGGGUAAAUUUUUGAUUACGGCAGCGUUUCAAAUAUUAUACUUUUUCACAUCAGAAAUCUUUCCCACAAAUGUGCGCAACAGUUUGUUAUCCUUCUGUUCGAUGGUGGGGCGUGUGGGCUCAAUGGUGGCGCCCCUAACGCCAGUGCUGGCCAACAUACACGAAAAAGCACCGGCAAUAUUAUUUGCCAUCUGUGCGUUAACCAGCGGCGCAUUGGCACUUUUCUUUCCGGAAACAACAAACGUCACCUUGCCAACAACGGUGCAGGAUUCGGAUAUUAUAGGCGCAAAGGAGCAAGCAAAGAAAACUGAAGCAGCUUCUGGUUGUAAUUCAUGAAAUGAAGUCAAAGAGAUAUUUUCCUUUUUCUAAGCAUACUUAACUCGGUUCAGGGAAUAUGUGUAAAUUUGUAAAUACAUACAUACAUACAUAUAUGUAAAUAAUAUA